AUGUGGAACGAAUUUCUUAGUAUAUGUCGGUUAAUUUUUGAAACUAAGGUCGAAGACAAAUUUCCCUGUUUUCUCGCUGACGACUUGUGGAAAGUUACUAAUUGUAACAUUAGAUUUGAGAAAUUGUCAGUUAAACAGGUGAAGUUGCAAAAAAGUGUUAUUCAAAAUAGUCCGGCCGUUCUGGAAUUUCUUGAAGAGCAUGGCAUUAUACUGAGUGAUGUCCAAAAAAAGGUGAACAGUAUCGUGUGCAGUGAUGUAUGCGCUGAUUCAGAUGCUGAGACAUCAGUCGCUAAAAAUUUGUCUUACAUUGCUGAAGAAGGCCUACGCAAUAUAAAAUAUCAGCUAAUAAAGUUGUAUAUCGGAAAAAUUUUUAUCACAUUGGUAAUAUUUCAAAGACUUGUGCAUCAAAUGUUGUUGACCACUUUGAAUCAGUUAAUAUUAAAGUUUUGCUACCCUGUAUUCGAGAGGAGAGAUGACAAAAUAAAACUUGAUGAAACCCACUCUUCUACGUCAUUCCGGUUGGGUGUAGAUGAGAAGUAUGCGGAAAUAGUUGAAAGAUCAAGUUCUUGGCUUGAUUAUAUUCAGGUUAGGAAUUGGGUUUUCAAUAACAACAGAAAAAAUGGCAGCACCAGAAAUGCCGAUGUCGAUGUCAGGACAUGUUCUGAUGUGAAACGAUGA